AUGGAUCUCUCUAGUCUCCGAGUCAAGGACCUCACGGAGAUCUGCCGCACUUUUGGUAUCCGCACGAGCGGGCGUAAGGCAGAGAUAGUAGAGCGAAUUAAGGCCAAUGCAAGAUACCAGUCCGACGUGGCAACGAUGAAGCAUCACAGUGAAUACCGAAGCAGUCCCCAGAGCGGCACAAAAAGGAGCUUGAGUGCUACUGUUGUCGAGAAGGGCAGCACGAAGAAAAAGCAGAAGAACGAGGGGCAGGACAACGUUAUGAUUGACGCAGAGUUCGCGCGUUUUCUAGACCUAGAGACACAAGAAGCUUCGAUUACAGACGAAGGCAUCUUGGCAUUUUGUGAUGCAUUGGGUGUCGAUGCUCAGGACCCCGUGAUGCUGGCAUUGAGCUGUGCCAUGGAGGCCGAGACUAUGGGCAUUUACACGCGCACCGAGUUUCGACGUGGAAUGCACAAGUUGCAGUGCCGUUCAAUCGAAGAGUUACGUGGUAAAAUCCCAUGUUUGCGUAGCCAGAUGCAAGAGCGAGCCCACCUCGGGACUAUUUAUGCGUUCGCAUAUGGCUUUUCAAAGGAUCCAGCCCAAAAAAGCUUAGCCUUGGAGCUCGCUAUAGAACUUUGGGAUUUACUUCUUCCUGGACAUUUCUACUGGCACCGGCAUUGGAUUCAGUAUGUCCGCGACAACUCGCGCAGUGUCGUACCGAAGGACUUGUGGCUUCAGGUGCUGGACUUUGGCCUCCAGAUUAAUCCGGAUUUGAGCAACUAUGACGAAAAUGGAGCAUGGCCUGUACUACUAGAUGAAUUCGCUGCACACAUGCUCGAACUAAUUUCCAACAAGGGGCUUGUAGCCGUGCAGCAGGAAGAGAGUACCAUGGUCACCGAAGAUGAUAUAACUGACAGCGUCGAGAGCAUGCUCGUAGAUGACUAG